CGUGCGGUCCGGAGGGAAACGCGCCGAUCCAACGACGUGCGCCUCGCGUCGCACCGGUCUCGGAAAAACGCGCGCGCUGUCGCGCUUCUUCCAGUGCUCCAGUAGUGCGCCGCGCUCUGUUUCAGUUUCGGUUUUGCGCGUGUGGGGCCCUCUGUGCGUUCUGUCGCCUAGGCUGCGCGUCGCUUUGAAUUCGCCCGACGGGAACGCUCGUCCCUGCUUUCCCCUGGUGCCGACUACUGGUGUACCCAUGUGUGAUCGUUGGUGUCCUGUCGUUCGUCGCCACGCUGGUGGCUGUGCGUCGUGUGGUCGCUCACCGGUGUAUGGCUAACUUCUCCACAGACAAACCGGCGAGCAGCGGCGCUACGAGCAACGGCGGUGUCGUGGGCGUCGGUCCGGCGGCCGGCGUGACGACGGCGAGCCGACGCAAGCGGUCGUCGGCGGCUGCGUCGCAGCUCCUCCCGGUCAACGGGACGGCGCUGUUGACGCACCCGGCCAGCGACAUCAAGGUGGAGAGGCUGUCGCCCGAGUCGGACACGGCGUCGCCCCAGUCUUCGCCGUCUCCGGCGCGGGUCUUCCCGCCCGGACUCGGUUUCGUUUUGGGCCUGCGGCCGGGCCUCGUGCCGGGACACCCGUUCCCACCGGGAGUCAUCGCGGCCGCGGCCGCGCAGGCCGCCGUCGACAGGCAGACGCUGGCCGCGCCGGCGCUCAAGCAGGUGGAGAUGAUGACGAGGAACUACUCGGACUUCAUGAGGUCGCUUGCUGCCAAGUACAACAACCCGACCGGACAGGACGGGUUUGGUUUUAGCCCGAGCAAUGGAGCCGCGCCUCCGGGCCUGCUUCGAGGCUUCGAGCCUCCGUUCCCUUUCAAGGCGGCGGGAACGCCUCCGUUGCCCACGUCGGGCCGCCAGAGUGCGGGCCGAGAUGGCGUCAACAACAACGCCGCGUCGCACGCGGCCGCAGGAGGCAACGACUCCGACUCCGCGGUUCACGCGACGCCCAACCACGGCCUGCCGCCUCACCACGGAGGAGGCCCCGUCGUCUCCGCAGCGCAACCGCGCGCCACGCCACCCCUGAAGCCGUCUUCGGCCACGUCCUCCCCGCCGUCUUCGCUGCUGGAGCCGCAUCGGGGAAGCGCGCCCUUCAACCUCUCGGACUUCUCGUCGUCUCAGACCUUGCUGAACCUCGUGAGGACCGCGAGCGCACAGAGCGCCUCCCAACUCGAGACCUAUCUCCGCGGCGCCGUCAAGAGACCCACUGACGGGGAGCACGCGAGAGCCGACCCCCUGGACCUGUCGCUAGGCGGCACCGCAGUGAAAAGACCACGGUCCACGGACAGCCCACGGUCCUCCUCGGGCUCCAAGGAAGCUGGGGAUGGCGCGCGGACGCCGCCCCGCAAGCAGGCAACUUCUCCGUGGCUCUUGCAAUUGGAGGGCGCCCGGGGAGCGUCCAAGUCGCCCAAGCUGCGUUGUGGCUCCGUCUGUUCGGACCAGGUGUCAUCGUUGCAUUCGCCAUGCAGCGGUGCCGUGGGCACGACUACUACCGAGGGUGGUCAACAGCAGCAACAGCAGCUGGUCGCCAAGUGGACCGUCGAUGAUGUGGUCCAGUUCGUCGCCUCAGUCGAGUCCUGCCAGGAGUACGCCGAGAAAUUCCGUGAGCAGUCGAUUGACGGCACGAGCCUCCCCCUGCUGACCGAGGAUCACCUGACCGUCUACAUGGGCAUGCGACUCGGGCCGGCCCUCAAGCUGCGCACCACGCUGGCCAAGAUGACGGGUCGCUGCACGGUGUGCAUGCACUGCAUCCACUGCCACGGAGAGGAGAACGACCGCCGCUCGACGUUCUCUGCGUCGCCGGUGUCGACGCCGGCCGCCCCCGCCACGGCUCCUUCCGCGGCGGGCUCCUCCGCCGCAGGGCCGCCCCCGGCACCUGGCACCCCCGUGGCGGCAAGUACGUCGCCCGCUCCAGCGUCCGCGACGCCACCCAGGGCGUCGCCAGCGCCCGCUCACUCGCCGGCGUCCAGCAAGUGAGCUGCACGGUCUUUACGUAUGCGGCCAUUGGAAGAGACCCUUUGCUCACCGCAACGUCCCGAAAGUAAAGAAAGAUUCGCGAACGUUGCGAGCUCAAGGACCGAAAAAGGAAAAAAAAAAGCGUCCAUUGUGUUGUUUGUGGGCGCGCGUGCGUUGUGAAGUGACAGCUUGAGCGAAUGGCACCGCCGUCUCAUCACCCUCCUGCCCAGAAGUCGGGCGCGUGUCCUUCUCGCAGUGCAGUGCCCCGCUACGCCAAGUCACGGAAUCUCUAUCGUCUCCCUGGGCUCAUUCAAAAGCCAGAGUGAAAAAAUCCUCCUCGAGAAACCCGAGACAGCCGCGGCAGGCGCGGCAGGACUGGUGCGGUUUUUCCUCACUGUGUGCGUUAGCGAUCUCGGUCUCAUCGCCUCCCAACCAUCGCUGCUGGCGAAGUCUAUACAUAAGUCAACGCGGCGCGUCGUGGAACGUUGCGCACCUCAUCCUGACGACCUCGGGAACCGCUCACUGCUUGUGUUACACCGUCAAGUGUUUGUGUGUGCCCUGCCCCGGACAAACUCUCUUUCUUCCUCUCUCCUACCUGCACGACCACCUUGAUAGGCAGAGGAGGAGACGUCAGUAGUGAUACUGCCCAAGACAGACUUCUUUCGCAGCUGGCUCAAAGACAAAGUUGUGCUGUGUGCCAGUGGGACAGGACGAACAGCCAAACCGAUGGCGUCGCAUUUCCGGCGUGUCGCCGCGGAGUGGACUCGGAACUGGGCCGUUCUCAUUGUGUCGCGCUGCGUGGGUCUCUUAUUGUUGCGAGGGUUGAUGUAAACACGUGCAGACUCGACGCGAACGGUGCAGCGCACGUUAGCGACAAGGCCGCGGGCGCAGAGUCCAUGCACGUCACGAACCCUUCUUCACGUAUUGCCCUUCCGUAGUCCUGGUACGCGCAGAGGGCGAUGACGUCCACGACGGUUUGGCGAGAGCGUCGCUCAAUCCCUUUAUUUUUUUUUUCUUAAGGCCGGGGUGAAAGCGGUGGCCUAAUAAUUUAUUCAACCCGAUCUCGAAAGUUGGCGAAGUUCUGACCCUCUUUCUCUUUUUUUCUAGAAACCUGUUCUGAGUAGUACACGAAAGGAGCGUGCUCGCGCAACUAAACGGGGACACAGACACAAUUCCACAUGCCUUUCCCGAAUUGAUAUGUCCCCCCCCCCCCUCCGUCUCUGUCAGGUCGCUGCGUCAACUUAGUUACAUUUCCUUUAACGCAAUGCUCAACGUUGACCAUUUCUUUGAAGUCCCGGUGUCGCGUACGCGCUCGUCUCGCGAUCUCGCGUCGUCGUGCGAGCGUGCGCGGAAGACAUUGAAGUUGACACACACGCAUGCAUAGACGUCGUGGUAUUCUACGCGACAUCUAACGACAAGGUGACCCCCACUGUAGACGUCCAGCACACCGUGACUCCUUGGCAGGGGGGGAUAUCAGGACGGCAUAAUAAUGGGGGAAGCUUUAUCGUGUGUCACAGGAAGUGGGAGCUUGCGGUGGAAUCGUACACGACCGCACUCGUGCUAGUUGGCGAGAACGGACCCUCGGUGGACGACAAGAAGUAAUAAUUACAAUAAUAAUUAUGAUAAUAUUGACGUCGGCGACGUUUAAUAAUCCUCGCGUACGUUUCGCGUUGCUCAUGUGCAAGGAGCGGUGGAUGCGUCAUCACGCUGUGACUGCGAUAUCUUCGGGAGGCCCGGUGUUAUGCGUAAAUCUAUAAAACCACGUGUGACGGCCGGCCUGUCGACUUCACUAUUCAUUCCACGAAGAAAAAAAAAUAUCUACGUUUUUUUUUUUGUUGCCUCUCGAUCUUUUCCUUGAUUUGCUAGUUUUUUUUUUUCUCUUCCUUUUGGUUUCCUUCAAACUUCUUUUUGGGUUCUACCUUCCCUCGUGAGUCAACUGUGUCCCCUUUUUUUUAUUUAGUGUCUCUCUCCUGUAACACGUGCUAUUCAUUCAUGCGCAGGCUUGUUAAUCCGCGCACACAUUUCUUUCACGUGCGUGUGAUCUGAGAACCUCCUCCCCUGCUGUACGAGUUGAAGAGAAAAAAAAAA